AUGUUUGCUCCUUCAUCUAUUGCUAGUAAUUUUCUUGCAGUGUUGAUCAUUUUCAUGACAAUUGACUUGACAAAUAGUCAACAAGCUCUCUUCACACAAGCAAUUAAUGCUGCCAUUCAAAACAUUGUUCAAGAAUCUACAUUCCAAAGCAAAAUAUUCGAUAUUCUUCUCUUCAACGUUCCUAAAUGUUCAUCAAAUGUUGUGUUUCCGAGUGUGAAUCCAUUCAAAGGAAUGAGUCAACUGAAGAAUUGUUAUCAAAUGGAAUCAAUGGAACCUUGGACGAGUGCCUACAAGUUGGUUGCUGAAGAAUUGACCAAGGCAAUCAAUACUCAAUAUUCAAUGUCAUUGGAAAAUUCACUCGUUCUCAUAAACACAACCGAUGGAUUUUUUACAUCCUUGUCAAAUGCCGUAAAUGAUGGAAGAUGUGAUGUUGUUGUUGCUGACACUUCUUAUUCAUCAGAUAGAGCCACUCAAGUAAGCUUUCAAACAUGUCCAUAUGGCUCCACUUCAUACGGAUUUAUUCGAAACAAUAAGGAUAACGAAACUCUUGGAUAUAGUUCAAAUGUUUACUCGUUCAAUAAGAAUGGCACCAUUGUGGGAGCUUAUUCUGGAACUAUCUUUGAGGAUUGGAUCAAGGAAAACCUUCCACUUGCAACCUAUCUUCCAUUGGGAUAUGAUGAACAAUUCGAUGCAGUUAUUGGAAAUAGAGUUCAUGCCAUCAUUGGUGAUGUUGUUGAUUUUUCAAUUUAUAUGAAUAAUCACAAGACAAGUUGUACUGCAUGUAAGGUGAUUGCGUUUGGAUAUCCUAGCUCGUUUUCUACCUUUACAAAGAUAUCAGUGAGUAGUGUGGAUAUUGUAAAGGUUUCGAAUUAUUUAGUUUUGGUGAUGGUCUUGAUAAUGAUCAUGAUUUAA